AUGGCAACUCUCGAAGCAGUGAUAUCGUUGCAAACGUCUCGCGCUGCCUUCAUAGAAGGCAUUUUCAAGGAGUCCAAUGAGGAGGAUAUUAAACAGCUCGGUGUUACAGCUCUCGACUCCAAGCUGAUGAUGCUCGAGAGUUAUUGGGCUAAGCUGGAAGCUUCGCAUGAGAAACUAGUUUCUCAAAAAAUCGAGAACUUGAUCUCUCUCGAUUAUUUUAAACAGCAGGUCUUCGAUUUCGCUCUGACGAGCUUCGCCACUGCCAAGGUGGCCCUACUUCAGCUCCUGGAGAAGAAAGGCGCCCCAAACCUGAACCAGUCCUUACGUGGGGCUGGGGAAGUUCAUUUGUCCAGCUCAACAAGACGUGCUCCGCCUGAGAUCGCCUUGCCGAAAUCUUCAGGAGGUUACCAGGAGUGGAGGCCAUGGCGAGAUCUCUUCCAAUCACUGGUCGGCAACAAUCCAGAUAUUUCAGGGGUCGAGAGGAUGCACUACCUCCGCCUCUGUCUCUCUGGUGAGCCUCUCAAGUUCAUCUCCAACUUGCCCGUCUCAGAAGAUUCAUUUCGCAUUGCCUGGAGGACUCUCGUUGAUCGCUACGAGAACAAGCGCUUACUCGUUGCAGUUCACCUAGACCAGCUCCUGAAUCCAGCUCAAAUGAAAUCGCACAGCGCCUCGGACCUCAAUCUCUUGCCCAGCUCGAUCUCUGAAGCUCUCAGUGCUCUUAAAGCACUGGAUCAGCCAACUGAUCAUUGGGGUCCUGUGGUCGUUCAUGUCCUCACUCGUCGGCUAUCGAACAAGCUCAGAGAGGCACGGGAGAAUAAGAUCGGCGCCUCUACUGAGUAUCCUACUCUUGAUCAUCUCCUCGCCUUCUUACAAGGUCGAUCACGACCCAUGGAGACUCUGGAGGUUGGAUCGCAGUCGCUGUCCUCGACCAGCUCAUCUCGUCCUUCUCAGACCAGCGUACACACGCGAUCCAUGACCAAGAGCUCCGCCAAGGUCAACCAGAUGCCAGCCUCUCGUCCUUCUCAGCAUACAGCUCAGAAGUCUCAAGGUCCAGCUCUAAUACAGUCCACACACUCAACCUCUUGGGCUGAUGCUGGGUACCCUUGUUCGUACUGCAAGAGGGACCAUUACAUCGUCUCUUGCCGCGAAUUCAAAAAUUUAUCGCCCAUUGCAAGGAAGGAAGUCAUUGACAAGCUCUACCUGUGCUACAACUGUCUGGGGAAGCACAGCAUCAGAGUCUGCCAAACAUUUCGCACGUGCAGGACGUGCCAAGAGAGGCACCACACACUCCUCCACCUUGAUCGCUCUCGCUGGCAGAAUCAGAUUCGACCUUCUCCUCAAACGACACAGUCUCAACCUCAGUCUCAGAUUCAUCAAGCAACCAGACCCGCUCAGUCAUCAGUCAUUACUUAUAACAGUGCUGGGGAGGUCAUCCAGAGUACGCCAGCUGCUACAUCACACUCUUCUCAUGGUUCUCGACCUGGAGUCCUACUCGCUACUAGUCUAGCCCUGCUCAUUAGCCCUGAUCAUCGUUCUUCUCUGCGAAUUCGUUUACUCUUGGAUCCAGGCUCAGAACUAUCGCUCAUCUCGGAAUCUCUCGUGCGUCAAUUGAAGCUGAAGAAGCAGCGUAGCUCAAUCCACAUUUCUGGUGUGGGUGAGUCGUCGUUUGGGACAACGUCCGGUGAAGUUCAUCUCACGCUACAAUCGAUCUACUCAGCAGAACGCAUUGAAGUCACAGCUCACUCUCUUGAUCAUGUCACAUCAACUCUACCGACCUUCUCAGCGGAAAAUCUCGACUGGAAUCAUCUCAAGGAUCUGAAUCUAGCGGAUCCAGAUUUCUGA